AUGUUUAACGUUCGAUCUUCCUAUCGAUGCGCUUUCAAAGCGUUGGUUGCUCAAGCGAUGAUUGAAUCUCACAUGAUUGUGCCUUCAGGUUCUAUAUCUGGUGUUCCUGAAAAUGGAAAAACUUCACUGGUUGAUCGUGAAGAGAUUAAUGAUUUAGUAAAUGAGGAUUUAGUAAAUGAAGACAAGAGCGAUGACCUCGUAUAUAAUUUACUAAAUUUUUUUGUACUCGACUUGACCAAUACAGCGGAAAUAGAAAUUUACACCAGACUUGAAGG